GGUGAAUCUACCGAGGGAGAGAUUUCUUAUCUCUCACCACUUCCAAUCCAUCCUUAAUCAGUGCAAAUUACUAUCACUCCCCUCAUAGGGUAUCAUUUCAACAGCCUCUACAGGGAUUUGAGUUCACAAGUCGGCUUCACCAGCAGACAUGGCGCCACACUCUAGCACUGAUAUGUCGUCUUCGACCACUACCGAUCAGGUUGCGACAAAGAAACACUGGGUGCCGCAUGCCAAGGCAGACAAGACAGCCCUCGAGGCUAUCUCGCAAGGCGUGCCACUCGCCGGCAUCCCAAAGUUCCCCUCCUUCCACGAGGAGCGCACACACAUCCUGGAGCACAUGGCCGCGGCGUUUCGAAUCUUUGCUCGCAAGGGAUUCAACGAGGGCAUGUCCGGCCACAUCUCCAUCCGCGACCCUGAGAACAUCCACACUUUCUGGACAAACCCGCUCGGCCGCCCGUGGCCUCUGAUGCGCGCUUCUGACAUGGUCCUCGUCGACUACAGUGGCCAGGCUGUGGGAGGCAACAUGAGCCGGCCCUCAAACGCGGCGGGAUUCCUCAUCCACAGCGCUCUGCACAAGGCUAGGCCCGAUGUAAAUGCUGCCUGUCACACGCAUUCUAUAUAUGGAAAGGCUUGGUCUACGUUCGGUAGGCCGCUUGAGAUGAUUAGCCAAGACGCUUGCAUAUUCUACGGAAAGGCACAAGCUGUAUAUGAAGAUUUCGGAGGUGUAGUCUUCGAUGAAGACGAGGGAAUCAGGCUCGCUGCUUCUCUGGGAGCAGAAGGCAAAGUGAUGACACUGACAAACCACGGUCUCCUGACAGUGGGCCAAACAGUUGACGAGGCAGCGUACCUGUUUACGUUGAUGGAGAAGAGCUGUCAGAUCCAGCUGAUGGUGGAAGCCGCUGCUGCCAAUGGAAUUCCGAAACGGAUCGUCGACGAUGCCGUGGCUGCGUACACGUUUGAGAUGACGUCGAGCCCAGACAGCUUGUACUGCGAAUUCCAGCCGGAAUUCGAGGUCGAGGAUGCUCUGAGUAAUGGAGACUUUCGUAAAUGAGAUUUUAAGAGGGUUAAGUUGUAAAUUUUGGAUAUCAAGUACAUAGCAAUGCAUACACCUG